UGUGCAGCGUCGCGCACAUAUUUUGUCGCCCCGUUUAAUCUCAGCCGGCCACUGAGGCUAAAAUAAUUCUUUCCAACUUCAGCUACAGUGAUAGCUAAGUUUGGAGGGGGAAAUAAGAAGGAUCAAACGCUAACACCUCAAAUGCAGUGAUAGCCCCCGCGUCGACGACCCCUUUUACAAGAAGAAAAAACACAUAAUAUAGACCUGAUCAUGGAUAACACUGGACCUAAGAAAUCAUGCUGUGAGUCUGUCCGGGACUUCUUCUCAUCAGCAAAGUUCCUUAUUUACAUGGGCCAUGCCCUUUCAACAUGGGGCGACCGAAUGUGGAACUUUGCUGUAGCAGUGUUCCUUGUGGAACUGUAUGGCAACAGUCUCCUGCUGACGGCUGUGUACGGGCUGGUUGUCGCUGGCUCCGUGCUGUUACUAGGUGCCAUCAUCGGUGACUGGGUAGACAGAAACCCUCGACUCAAAGUGGCCCAGACCUCGCUGGUUGUCCAGAACUGUUGCGUCAUAUUGUGUGGGAUCCUCCUGAUGGUCGUUUUCCAGUUCAAAGAACAGCUCACAGAGCUCUACAAUGGAUGGAUUCUGACAGCAUGCUACAUUCUGGUGAUCACCAUCGCUAACAUUGCCAAUUUGGCUAGCACAGCUACAUCCAUCACCAUCCAAAGAGAUUGGGUGGUAGUUGUGGCUGGACAGGACAGCAGCAAGUUGGCAGACAUGAAUGCCACAGUGAGGAUCAUAGACCAAUUGACCAACAUCCUGGCCCCCAUGUUAGUGGGCCAGAUCAUGGCCUUUGGCUCCCACUUCAUUGGCUGUGGCUUCAUCUCAGGCUGGAACAUGUGCUCCAUGGGUCUUGAGUACUUCCUGCUGUGGAAGGUCUACCAGAAGACGCCGGCGUUGGCUGUGAAAGCUGGCCAGAAGGAACAGGGCCAGGAGCUCAAACAGCUCAGCACUCAGAGAGAGUUGGAGAAUGGCCAGAGUCCUGAGGAGUCUUCUCUGCCACUGAUGAAUGAAACUGCGGCAGUGGCCAUGGCCGAUUCUCCAAAACAUAGUGGCUGCUGUUACCAGAUUACUGAACCUCUGCGAACAUUAAAGGCAGGAUGGGUGGCCUACUACAACCAGUCCAUUUUUUUUGCCGGCAUGUCCCUGGCCUUCCUGUACAUGACAGUACUGGGCUUUGACUGCAUUACCACGGGCUAUGCCUACACACAGGGCCUCAAUGGGUCAGUGCUCAGCCUGCUGAUGGGUGCCUCUGCUGUCUCGGGCAUCUGUGGCACUGUUGCCUUUACCUGGGUCCGCAAGAAAUGUGGUUUGAUUCGCACAGGCUUCAUCUCUGGCACAGCCCAGCUUUCUUGUCUUGUGCUGUGCGUGGUGUCUGUCUUCGCUCCCGGAAGCCCCUUCGACCUAAAUGUUUCACCCUUCCAGGACAUCUAUACUCACCUGAUUGGGGAGAACCCACUACCUGAGGCUGACCACAGCCUGACCAGCAUAUUGACCAGUGACAGCCUGGCUAGAAAUACCUCGACAGUCGCACCACCUGAAGAGCUGCCGUCUCUGCAGUCCUACAUGUCUGUCAGUCUGCUAUUUGCUGGGGUCAUUGCUGCUAGAGUUGGCCUGUGGUCCUUUGACCUGACAGUGACUCAACUCAUCCAAGAGAAUGUGAUCGAGUCAGAGCGGGGAGUGAUCAAUGGCGUCCAGAAUUCUAUGAACUACCUCCUGGACCUGCUGCACUUUAUCAUGGUGAUUCUGGCUCCCAACCCAGAGGCCUUUGGCCUGCUGGUCAUUAUCUCCGUCUCUUUUGUGACCAUAGGCCACAUCAUGUACUUUAGGUUUGCUUUUAAGAGCCUGGGCAGCCGCCUCUUCCUUUGUUGCUCACCAGAACAGAAGAUCGAGGAGGUAGAAAGCCCUUCACCUACCAUGGUCUAAUCCCAUUAAAGGACUGUGUCUUUGGGAACAUAUCUUCAAGGCCUUACACCACUCUUGCUUAUAACUGUCUAACUAACAUGAUAACAUACUUGCUUGUAGCCGCCAGGAUGCUGGUGCUAAUGUGAGCCAGGUCUGAGAAUGGAAAAUUGGCAUGUGAUAGCAUUUGAUAUAGCAUUAAACAUUAGUAGUGGUAGGUGAGUAGUAUGCUUGCAGUCACAAAAAAACGAAUUUGUUGUAAAACUUUAACCAGUUUGGAGUUGCAGGGCUUCUUAAACUGUUUUAGUUUGUUUUCCAAAUGAGAUAUUUAGCCUAUCACACUAGGAUCUAGGUUCAUUAAAAUAUAAUAGUACUUCUGUCAUGGAAGCACCCACCAUCCUGUUUUGGAUGCUGACCCACAGUUAAAGAAACCAUGGCUAAGGCACUGUAAAAUUAUGCUCCUAACAGCCUUGUACUAGCUGUUGAGAUUUUAAAAGGUGCUUCAUCUUACAAAAGGGCAAAAUGAAGGAGAAAUAGCUGCUUCUGUCUGCUACCUUCUCACGCAUGCUCUGCAGAUUGUAUUAAGGAGAACAUCCAUCACAGAUUCAAACAGGUGGAGCAUUUCUCAUUUUUUGGAGAUUUAACUCAUUUCUCAGUGACUUCAUUGGUGCUGUAACCAUUUCUGCUAGCUAGUUAGCCCAAUACCCUAGCGUGGCUUUUCUCAUCAGCCUCAGCAAAUUUAUAGAUGACCUGCUUCAUGACGUUGAGAUGCUCUUGUUAAGCCAAACACAAACCGGGAUCAAGUUUCUUUAAUACGUGGUUAAAAGGGUUAUGCAAAUUAUUUAUUCAGGAAAUGCAAACGGUGUUUUUUUUUUUUUAAUAUAUAGCAUCAGUAUUGUCUUUCGCUGUAGCGGUUGUGCCAUAGUUAAAUAAAUGAAAGAUCCUUUGCACCCAUGUCAACAGCUCUCAGUUACCAAAGUGGCAUAAAAGGAAGUGAGGGAAGAUCUGUGAUCUAUCUAAAGCAUUCCAAAUUUUUUUUACGUGAGGUUAUAUAGUACUCGUGUAGGUUCACUAAUUAUAUCAUAGACCCAGAGAACACCUAAAUAUUUCUAACCAACUUUGAGGUGAGUUGUACUUACACUUCUUUUUACUGGUAGUUUACAUUGUGAUGGUUUUGUUUUGUCACAAUAUAAUUUUUGUCGGACUUCUAUUGGGUGAUUUUAAUCAUGAUUGUUGUUACACAGGCACUUUAAGUGAUUGACCUAUGUCAUUAAACCUAAUAGAUGAUCAGGAAUUUCAUCAACAUUUUUGCACAAGACUGAAUUCCUGACAUACAUGCCCCCUUGCACAAUCUUAUCCACCCCCAGUUUUAGUCUCUCUUGUUGUCUAUUACAGUUGCUGAUGGGAUUGUGGUUCAGAAAGGCACAUAUCACUUGGAAAAACAGUACCAGCUGUUUUCCUGUGAAAAACCUUGAGCAAGGCAAGAGUUUACCUCAAAGCCCCAUUCUCCCAUAUGCAACCAGCAAUGGAGCUAAGUCAGCAAUCCUUUCCCUUUCCAGUCCACUUAUGAUUGCCAACAGAUUCUGGACCUGCACUUUAUGCAGCACAGGAGUUAUUGAUCAUUCUGUCACUUCAUCAGAGAUAAAAGUACUGAAAUAGUUUAUGGAAGUAAUAUUUGCUGCUAACUUAAGCUCCAUUUCACCCAAUUAUAAGUUAAAGUACUAGGAAAGUCUAACCAGGAUAUCAUGUAAAUUAUUCAAGUGCUAAAACAUUUUGAGUGAAAAUAUUUAAUAUUAUUGCUCAUGUUGACCCAAAUCUCCCCCAAAAUCUACAGUUUUUGCUAAGGUCUCGCAAAAGAAAGGAUGAAAUGUCAUCAGCCCAACAGGUUAUAUGUUAUGUAAAGUCCACCUCUGACUAAAACACCACAGCAAUGGUUUCUGAAAACUUAUUCUAAACUUGCCUUGUCAGCUGUUAUACGCACACAUGUACAGGAUAGGCUUCAAAAGAAUGGUUAUUUGUGGCACCCCACCCAAAAAAAACCACAAAAAAAAACCUGUCCAGUCAAAACCAAAGUUUUGGCGACCAGAAACAAAAAUAUUAGGGUUGGAAACAGAAGUUGCCACACCAGAUGUAGAGAACAGUAGGCCAUUAUACAGUCUAGUGUUGCCAUUAAACCUCCUGGAGGUGGUGAAGUCAGUGAGGUCUGCAGGUGUGCUGGACUCAGAUGGUUUUUCAGUGAGGAGCUGAGCUCAACUUUAAAGUUUGGCAAUGUAAUAAUGGGCACUAAAAGCUUAUCCUGGACAUUUGAACAGAGAUGCAGAUUUUUCAUAGGUGUAAAUGCAGAUUCAGGAAUAUCACACAUGGCCAUAUAAUAUGUAGUUUUUGACAAAUUACAUGAGUCGCGAAUCAUUAUAUACAAUUCAGUGCUAUUGGAAAUGUAAAAAACAUCUAUUUUGUGUAUGACAUUGUCACAUUAUGCUGUUAUCUGAAAAUCUGUUUUUAUACAUCUGUUUUUAUAUUCCUACUGUUAACAUUUUGUUUCUGAUUGAGGUUUUCUGAAAGAAUUGUGAAAUAGUUUUAUGUGCCUCUUCUGUACAAAGCAAUCCUUUCUAAAGGCUUGUCGUUUUGAGUACAAAAAUGACUUUGUAUCAUACUGCAUAAGAUUUAGAAUGUCUACUGUCAGUGUUAUUGUUUAACUUAGUCAAAUAGAAAAAAAGCAUUGAAUCACUGACUAAUCAAAGCUAUUAGCACUGAAAGAGUCAAAUUAAUUUGUAACAAUCACACUCCAUUCAGUAUGAGGAUAUUGAUAUGGUUUGUUUUGCAUGAGGUCUCUCAAAUAAAGAAAACCUUAUCA